UGCAAUUGUCCGCGCCUCGCUGCGAUGGCGGCGGCGCGGAGUACAGUCACACUGCUGGCUGCCGAGUCUUCCCCUCAGGAAGCUACCGUUUCUGCCGCCUCUUCCUCCUCCUCCACCGCCUGCGCGGCGGCGGCGGCGGCGGCGGCAGUGAUUGUGCUUGCCUCCUCCGCCACCUCCACCUCUGCCCGCUCGCCUGCCGGUGGCUGUAGCGACGGCGGCGGCGGCUCUGGCGGCUCCACUAUGGCGGCGGCGGGGAGGGGGGGCAGUAGUUUUAAAGUAGACACCCGCCCUUGCCUCAGAGAAGAUGCAACUUGGAAUGAACAGGAAAAGGCUGAACUUUUUACAGAUAACUUUUGUAAUGUAUGUGGAGUGGUGCUACAGUUUGAAUCACAAAGGAUUUCACAUUAUGAGAGUGAAAAACAUGCUCAAAAUGUUAUGUUUUAUUUUCAAAUGCAUGGAGAACAAAAUGAAGUGCCUAGUAAGAAAAUGAAGAUGGAUGGUAGAAGUUUUCAGGUGCAUAAGAGUGAAGUAGUUGACAGAAACAAAUUUUGUGAUCUCUGCAACAUGAUUUUUAGCUCCCCAGUUGUUGCUCAGUCUCACUAUGUGGGGAAAGUCCAUGCUAAAAAAUCGAAGCAACUAAUGGAGGUGUGUGAUCAGGUAUCUGCAUCAGGAUUACAGCCAGAGAUGGCAGGUGUGCCUAUUACUACUGCAGAGUCAACAUUUCUGAAGCCCCUUGCUGUCAAGCCUCCUCCAGGUGGGAUUAAAGACAAGACCAUGCCUUCCUCUUCCAGCACUGCUUUGGAUUUGAAUAAUCCAAACAAGUAUUGCAAGCUCUGUCCUGCUUCCUUUAAUAGUCCAUUAAUGGCCCAACAACAUUAUGUUGGGAAAAAACACAAAAGAAAUGAAGCUAGGAAGAAGUUUGUAGACAAGAUAAGAGAGGAACCUCUUCCAGCAAAAUCAGAUGCAAAUGCAUUUAGUAUGAGAACCUACGUUUGUCAUAUUUGCAACGUCACCUUUACAUCUUUAGAAAUGUUCCAGUCCCAUAUGCAAGGAAGUGAACACCAAACUAAAGACUCCACUGUUAUCAAUCUCGUGAAGAAUUCAAAGAAGACACAAGACUGUUACCAAGAGGAAUAUGCAGAUUACAUCAAAGUGCAAAAAGUUAGAGAACCAGAGUCCAAGACUUGUUUCAGAAAGAUGGAAGAGAGUUCUGUGGAAACCCGUGGGUACAGAGAAGUGGUUGAUUCCAGGUCCAGACAUAGAAUGUUUGAACAGAGACUCUCAUGUGAGACUUUCCGGACAUACCCAGGAUCAUACAAUAUUUCACAAACAGUGGAAAACCAGUUACCUCAUUGCUUACCAGCUUAUUCAAAGAAAACAUACGACUCUUUCCAGGAUGAACUGGAAGAUUAUAUCAAAGUGCAGAAAGCCAGAGGACUAGAUCCAAAGACUUGUUUCAGAAAGAUAAGAGAAAACUCUAUGGAAACACAUGGGUACAGAGAAGUUGAUUCUGGACCCAGACAAAGAAUGUAUGAGCAAAGAUUUUCAGUUGAGACUUCCCAGACCUACCAACGACCGUACAAUAUUUCACCAGUGGAAAGACAAUUACAUCAGUGGUUACCAGCUUAUUCAAAGAAGACAUAUGACUCUUUCCAAGAUGAACUUGAAGAUUACAUCAAAGUGCAGAAAGCCAGAGGACUAGAGCCAAAGACUUGUUUCAGAAAGAUAAGUGAUAGCUCUAUGGAAACCCAUAAGUACAGAGAAAUGGUUGAGUCCAGAUCCAAAAAUAGAAUGUUUGAGCAAAGACUCCCGUUUGAGACUUUCCAGACCUACCCAGAAUCAUACAAUAUUUCACAAGCAGUAGAAAACCAGUUACCUCAUUGCUUACCAGCUCAUGACAGCAGACAGAAACUAGACUCUAUGACCUACUGUCAAACCAACAGAGACUAUUUCCCAGAAAAACCAGUACCCCUGAGCCUUAGUCAGCAAGAAAAUAACUCUGGCUUAUACAGUAUAGAAUGUGAAGUUUACAAGUACCUCUCCUCAGAAAACAAUACCAGUGACCCUCAAAAAGGUCAUAAACGGAGACAUCAAAGGAGAAGAAGGCACCUGGAGGAAGGCGAAGAAAGGCCAGAGAAAGAGCAGUCCAAGCAUAAAAGGAAAAAGAGUUACGGGGAUAUGGAUCUAGACAAGGACAAGAACAUCCGACAAAGGAAAAGAGAGGGAGAUAAAGUCAGCGUCACUUCAGGAAAGCUUAAGCACCGAAGAAAGAAAAAAAGUCAUGGUGUACCCUCUACAAGAGAAGAACGGAAGCACAGGAAAGAGAAAAAGAAAUCUGUUGAGGAAAAGACAGAAGAGGAAAUGCUUUGGGAUGAGUCUAUUCUUGGAUUUUGAACUUUAAGUUGUAUUUACCUGAAGAUGAA